AUGUUUCUAAGGAAAAAGCCACCUCCAUUAACUCCAUCAGAAGAGUUGAUCCUGACUUAUAAUGAUUGUUGUGAUAUCACAUUUAGAAACCUUAACCUUGAAGAACAAAAUAACUUUGAUGGGGCUCUCAAAGGUUGGAAAAGUCUUCAUACCUCCUUGUUAUAUAAAAUUGAUACUUUUGAAAAGCAAGCUCCCAAAUUUGAUCAAGAAAGUUUAGAUACAUUUCAAGAAUUGAAAGCUUUAAGAGAUCAAAACAUUAAACAUUUAAUUAGAGUUCAAAUGAGAUUGGAUGAGCUUGAUAGAAGAAGUUCAAAUGCGAAUCUUAGGCCGUCCAUUCAAAGAUCAAACAAUACCAAUAACUCAUCAUCUUCAAUGUCAGUGCCUUCAUUAAGAAAUAAUAAAAAUGCUCCAUCUUCAAGAUCAUUAAGUUCUGCUUCUCAACCUCGUCAAAUGUUGAAAAGUUUAAGACCAGGAGUUCCUAGUAAUAAUAGUAAGCAAUCUUUUGAAAAUGCAUCCAAGGCAGCUAGUGCUUCUUGGAGAACUCCUAAUGGGAAUGGUGGACCGAGCCAAUCGAUACCAUCACAACAGUAUUAUUCAUCUUCAACCGAUCCAUCAAUCGAUCAAUUUGCUGACUUUGAUCAAUGGGAAAGAACAUCUGACUCUCCACCUCCAUUAAUUGAUUUAUCCAAUGAUCUUCAAGGACUUGGAUUAAGUAAUGGAACUCAUUCAAUGGAUGAUUUAAGGUUGAAAGCUCCUGCUCCCCCACCUCCAAGAAAGAGAUCUUCUGAACAAAGUCGACCAUCAAAUGAACCUAGAGCUAGUAGUCCGGUAAAGCAACCACAAAGACUUGCUCAAGGUUCAAAGAGUACUCCAGAUGUUCGUACUACUAGCACUGCUAAAUAUUCCUACACAAAGCCUAAACCUUUUAAUGUGAAUGAAAUGAUGAGAGCUCAAGCUAAACGGAAUGCAAAUGCAAAUGCAGCUUCAGCCUCUAAAUCAAUUCCAAAGGUUAAAUCUCCACCAACAUCAAGUAAUUCAGUAAAUAAUCUGACAAACAACAAUACUCAUACAACUGCAUACAAGACCACAACUAUUCCAAAGAUUUAUGUAAAGAAACCAGCUACUACAAAGCCUUCAGUUGCAACUACAAAAUCCAAGGGACCUACUGGCCCUACAAUUAAACCAACAAAUACUUUGAAACCGAUUAAAAAGACUUCCAAUGUAAUCAAUUCACCUCCAGAAAUCCAUUCACCAACUAUGGAUGAUAUCUUGGGUGGGUAUGAUGAUAAAGAUGAAGAUGCCAUUAUUAAUGGUGAUCAACAAGUUGAUCUUGUUGAUGAGAAUGUAUUAACUUCAGAACAAGAAGAUGAACUUAUUCUGUCAAUCCGUGGGAUUGAUGAAACCGCUGCAAAGCAAAUCUUAAAUGAUAUUGUUGUACAUGGAGAUGAAGUUCAUUGGAAUGACAUUGCAGGACUUGAAAGUGCCAAGAAUUCAUUGAAAGAAGCGGUAGUUUAUCCAUUUUUACGUCCAGAUCUUUUUUCUGGGUUAAGAGAACCAGCUAGAGGGUUAUUAUUAUUUGGCCCCCCAGGAACUGGUAAGACUAUGCUUGCUAGGGCUGUCGCGACAGAAUCAAAAUCUACAUUUUUCGCCAUUAGUGCUUCACUGUUAACGUCUAAAUAUUUGGGUGAAUCAGAAAAAUUAGUAAAGGCAUUAUUUUUACUUGCUAGGAAACUUUCACCAUCAAUUGUAUUUGUUGAUGAAAUUGAUUCUUUACUUAGUACUAGAACAGAGGGAGAAGUUGAAAGUUCUAGAAGAAUUAAAAAUGAAUUUCUUAUUCAAUGGUCGGAACUUUCUAGUGCUGCUGCUGGUAGAGAUACAAAUUCUGAUGGUGAUGUAACAAGGGUACUUAUCUUGGGAGCAACCAAUGUUCCAUGGGCAAUUGAUGAAGCUGCUAGACGUAGAUUUGUACGAAGACAGUAUAUCCCAUUACCAGAAGCGGAAACUAGAAGGGUUCAUCUUAGACAUUUAUUAGAUCAUCAAAAGCAUACAUUGCUGGAACUGGAUUUUGAAGAAUUAGUUAAACUUACAAUUGGAUUUUCUGGAUCUGAUAUUACUGCAUUGGCUAAAGAUGCAGCAAUGGGGCCAUUAAGAAGUUUAGGGGAUAUGAUUUUAAACACUCCUAGAGAUCAAAUUCGGCCAGUAAGUCUUGCCGAUUUUGUAGCAUCUUUACAAUACAUUCGACCAAGUGUACUGACUGAAGGACUUAAACAACAUGAAGAUUGGGCCACCAAAUAUGGGUCAUGGGGUGGUUAA